UUUCCAAAUCUCAGAGUGGCACUUAAAAUACUUCUUACCCUAUCUGUAUCCAUUGCGAGUUGUGAACAAUCUUUUAACAAAUUAAAACUAUUUUCUACGUAUCUAAUAUCAACAAUGGGACAAAAUCGCCUAAGUGACAUGGUAUUUUUAAAUGUGAAAAGAGAAAAGUUUGAAUUUAUUCAUUUUAAUAAAAUAAUUGAUGUGUUU